AUGUUCAAGCUCGCAACCACCCUCACCACCGCGGCCCUCUGCGCUGUCGGUGCCCUCGCCCAAAGCUCGACUGGUCAGAGUGGUGGCUACUACUACUCCUUCUGGACUGAUGGUGCAGGUCAAGUCGACUACCAGAACGGCGAGGGCGGACGCUACACCGUGACUUGGUCCGGCGACGGCAAUUGGGUUGGCGGCAAGGGCUGGCAGACGGGCACGGACCGCGCCAUCUCGUUCUCGGGCGACUACUCGCCAAAUGGCAACUCGUAUUUGUCUGUUUAUGGCUGGACCACGAACCCGCUUGUUGAGUACUACAUCGUCGAGAACUUCGGCACCUACGACCCAUCCAGCGGUGCCAGUGAGCUCGGAACGAUCGAGUCUGAUGGCUCGACUUACCGCAUCUUGGAGACCACCCGUACGAACGCUCCUUCGAUCGAAGGCACGUCCACGUUCAAGCAAUACUGGUCCGUCCGUGAAGACAAGCGCUCUGAGGGUACCGUGACGACCGGCAACCACUUCGAGGCCUGGGCUUCGUAUGGCCUGAACCUGGGCAUGCACGACUACCAGAUCAUGGCUACCGAGGGCUACUUCUCCUCUGGAUCCGCUGAUAUCACUGUUGGAGAGGGAACGGCUGAUUCGUCGGCCGGCGAUGGUGCUUCUGCUCCUUCUGGCGUGGUCUCUGCAGUACCAUCCAACGUCGCCAUCAAUAUCCCGUCUGCGGCUCCGGCUAGCUCUGCUGCGCCAGUCUUCUCUGCACCAGCUGGAUCUGGCAUUGCUCCCGUCAGCUCGGUGCCGGCUUCAACGCCUACUGCUGGGCCUUCUGGCUGCGUCGUCCAAUACUUCCGGGCUUAA